AUGAAUGUCACCGACGCACACAAUUUCGAGCAGUCGUACAGGGCUCACUCGUCUGUUUUGGAUGACCCUUUCUAUACUGUCCCCCCCGAAUCCGCGUAUGCUGCAGCGGGAUCGUUGCUAAAGGUGGAAGUGUCGACAAACACUUCACUUUAUACCUUACCACCGAACCUCUCUCUAUCCCGCUUCAUGUACCAGUCCAAGAAAUCCAAUGGAAGUCUGGUACCGGUAUCGGGCUAUAUUCUGUGGCCUUAUGCGGCAAAGUCGAAUAACAAUAAAGGGUAUCCGAUGGUUGCAUGGGCCCACGGCACCAGUGGUAGCGCAGCCGAGUGUGCACCCUCCAACAUACAAUUCCUCUGGCACCAGUUUCAAGCCCCGUACCAGCUAGCUUUGAACGGCUACGUUGUCGUCGCCACAGACUAUGCAGGCUUGGGAGUCUCCCGAGAUGCUGCAGGGCAGCCAAUCGUACACGAGUAUCUCAACAGGGCUAUACAAGCUACCGAUCUUUAUUAUUCCAUACCGGCAGCACAGCAGGCUUUUCCAGAACUUUCCCGGGAAUUCAUAGCUGCUGGCCAGUCUCAGGGAGGUGGUACUGUGUGGUCGUUCGCUCAGAAAGUCGUCUCAGAGCCACUGCCCGGUCAUUUGGGCACUGUAGCCUUGUCCCCCGGCACAAGUCUGUUUGAUUUGCCCACUGAUCAGCCAAUCAUCAAAAUAGUUCUGCUGUAUUUGGUGCCUAAUCUUAGGGCAAACUAUCCAGACUUCAAUCCUACAGACAUCUUCACACCAGUAGGAAUGCAGAGUCUCCAGACCUUGACCGAGCUGCAAGGCUGUUCUAACCUUGUCAGUCAACUCAUUGAAUCGGACAUUCUCAAGCAAGGAUGGCAAAACAACCUAUCUAUUCAGGAAUUCAACAAAGUAUCAACCACUGGAACACAGGCAAUUGGAGGUCCAAUGCUCGUUCUCCAAGGGGAAGCAGAUCCAGUCGUCAAUGCGCCGAAGGUGGAGGCCGCAAUCAAUGACACGAUAACGAAAUUCCCUGAUUCUCAAAUCGAGUUCCAUCUAAUGCCAAACGUGACUCAUGCCCCUAUCAUGUACGCUGGAUUACCUAUCUACCUUCAGUGGAUCUCGUCAAGAUUUGCUGGAGAGCCUGUGAAGGCCGGCUUUCAAAACUUCACCGCAACCCUUGCCAGACCCACCGCAAUCUAUGAAGCAGAUGCAAAUUGGUUUAUCCAGAAGCAAUCAGAGUCUUAUCAGGUGGCAUAG